UUUUCUCUCCAAUGUGGUGAAGUCAUAUAUCUCAAACCAGGGUGUUUGCUCUAUUUACCUUGGCAACCUGCGGAGUGCAGAGUGUAGAGUGCAGAAAGGAUUAGAUAAGACAGGGAGGAGAGCAAGACCGGUGUACCUGCACUCACCUGAACGCUACAAGACAAAAAUCAACAUGGCAAACAGAGGCCAGGCCUACGGUCUCACCCGUGAGGUGCAGAACAAAAUUGAUAAGAAAUACGACCCGGACCUGGAAGAAAAGCUGGUGGAGUGGAUCAUUGCUCAAUGUGGACCCAAAGUGGGCAGGCCUGAGCCAGGCAGAAUUGGCUUCCAGGAAUGGCUAAAGAAUGGAUCUGUGCUGUGUGAGCUCAUCAACAGCUUGCAUAGCGGCACCAAGCCGAUUAAGAACAUAAAGAGCUCCGGAAUGGCCUUCACACAAAUGGAGCAAAUCUCCAUAUUCCUAAAAGCUGCAGAAAACUACGGAGUCACUAAAACGGACACCUUCCAAACAGUUGAUCUCUUUGACAACAAGGACCUGGCAGCUGUCCAGAGGACCUUGGCGGCUCUAGGUAGCUUGGCUGUCACAAAGAACGAUGGAACUUACAAAGGAGACCCCAGCUGGUUCCAUAAGAAGGCCCAAGAGAACAGGAGAGAUUUUUCCGAGGAGCAGCUGAGCGAAGGCAAGAACGUCAUUGGCCUGCAAAUGGGCACAAACAAGCUGGCGUCUCAAGCUGGCAUGACAGGCUACGGAAGACCCAGACAAAUCAUCAACAACAACUGAAUCCCACGUGUUUUGACAUUCCCAAAGAUGGACAAAGCCAUGAUUCAUCUUCAGGCCAUGAGGACAAAUGUGACAUGUCUGUUUUACAGACCAAACUGGACCAAAACGGGGACCAAGAAGACCAUGUGCACAUAUGACAACAACAAAACGUGUAAAUAUUGAUCACUUAAGAGAAUCUGACAUGAUCUCACCUUACCUGCUAAAAUUACAUAUCCUGCAUUCAUUCAUUUAAAAUUCUCUGGUAUUACUACAAUGUGACAUUACUUCUACCUAGUGAUGCGUUCCAGGGCAUCGUUCAUCAUAAUACAGCUGUCAAAUGUCGGAUAUUUGAUUUUUUUGAGUUGAAAAUACAAAAAACAUUUACAGCAGUAGUGCAGCCUGGCUAUGUUGCAAUGCAGUUAUGCUAAAGAUGAAAUGGAUGCAGUAAGCAACCAAUUACUGCAUUUCUGUUGAUAAUGAUAUACUUGGGCCCUCUUUUGGUUUCAUACAUUUGAAAAUGACUUCAAAAUAAAGUUGAUUUAAACUCUUACAAA